UCUCUGUGUAUAUCGAUUGUUCGCUUAAAAUUUGAGACCGGAACCGACUGUUGAAUCGGGGGGGAAAGUAAGGUUUUUCAAUUUUGUGCUCGGAAAAUGCAAAGACAACCGCGGUACAUGACGAGGAGUAAUAGUAUUGCUAGAGGGAAGAGGAAUUUGGAAGGAGAUGAGGAACCGGAGCCGGAGCGAAAGCGUCCUGCUUUAGCUAGUGUAAUUGUAGAAGCUCUUAAGAUGGACAGUUUGCAGAAACUCUGCUCAUCUUUGGAACCCAUUCUUCGUAGAGUUGUAAGUGAAGAGGUGGAAAGAGCUUUGGCAAAAUUAGGUCCCCCUAGACUUGAUGGAAGGUCUUCUCCAAAACGGCUUGAUGGUACCGAUGGAGGGAGAUUACAUCUCCACUUCAGGUCCAGGUUGUCUCUCCCUAUUUUCACAGGAGGGAAGGUAGAAGGGGAGCAGGGUGCUGCCAUCCAUAUUGUUCUAAUCGACUCAAACACUGGACAUGUUGUAACAAUUGGACCUGAAGCCUCUGUAAAGCUAGAUGUUGUUGUGCUUGAAGGUGAUUUUAGCAAUGAGGAUGAUGAAGAUUGGUCACAGGAAGAAUUUGAGAGCCAUGUGGUCAAAGAGCGCGAAGGAAAAAGACCGCUGCUAACAGGUGACUUGCAAGUGAACCUCAAAGAGGGGGUUGGAACAUUAGGUGACCUCAUUUUUACCGACAACUCAAGUUGGAUAAGAAGCAGGAAAUUCAGGCUUGGCUUGAAGGUUGCUUCCGGAUACUGUGAAGGCAUACGAGUACGAGAAGCUAAGACAGAGGCUAUUACCGUCAAGGAUCACAGAGGGGAAUUGUAUAAGAAGCACUACCCACCUGCAUUGAAUGAUGAAGUCUGGAGAUUGGAAAAGAUUGGAAAAGAUGGGUCAUUUCACAAGAGGCUCAACACCGCUGGAAUAGUCACUGUUGAAGACUUUUUGCGGCUUGUUGUCGCAGAUCCACAAAAGUUACGAAAUAUUCUGGGAAGUGGCAUCUCAAAUAAGAUGUGGGAAGCUCUUUUAGAUCAUGCAAAGACUUGUGUGCUGAGUGGGAAGCUUUAUGUUUACUAUACUGAUGAUUCAAGAAACAAUGCUGUUGUUUUCAAUAAUAUCUAUGAGUUGAAUGGACUUAUUUCUGGGGAACAGUACUUACCUGCUGAUGCUCUAUCUGAUAGUCAGAAGGUUUAUCUAGAUUCAUUGGUAAAGAAAGCCUAUGACAAUUGGAAUGAAGUCAUAGAGUAUGAUGGCAAGUCACUGUUGAACUUCAAGCAAAAUAGGAGGUCAAGUGCAAGAAAUGAACUUCAGAUUGGUGCACUGGAUCACCCAAGUGCUUUAGAUCAUCAGCUGCAGUUACCGCAGCUGCCAGUUACAGUUCCUACAGAGCAAGUUUAUUCAGGCCUACAAGGUGGAGGGUAUAAUGAUAAACAAUCCGCCAGAUAUUCGGGGCAGUCUAAAAUUGUGAAUUCAAAUUAUCAUAACCAACUCGGCAGCAUGCAAUUUGCGCCACAUGAGCUGCUUAUUGACAAUUCUCUGCAACCUCAAAGUUCAAAAAAUGAUAGCAACAUCGUUGGGCUGGCUCUUGGUCCUCCACAGUCUUCUGCAGUAGGGUUCCAAAAUAUUGGUUCUUCAAUGCAGUCAUCAAAUCCUAAUCCUUUUGAUGAUUGGACGAACAACCAGGAUAAGGGAGUUGAGGACUUCUUUUCAGAGGAAGAGAUUCGCAUCAGAAGUAACGAAAUGCUUGAGAAUGAAGAUAUGCAACACCUUCUCCGUCUCUUCAGCAUGGGAGGUCCUAAUGUGACAGAAGAUGGUGGGUAUGGGUUCCCAAAUUACAUGCCAUCCCCAGUGCCAAACUUUGCUGAUGACGAUCGUUCACGUCCUGGCAAAGCUGUUGUUGGGUGGCUGAAGAUCAAGGCAGCAAUGAGAUGGGGGUUCUUUAUACGAAAGAAAGCUGCUGAGAGACGAGCACAGAUAGUUGAGCUAGAACAAGAAGAAGAAGAGUAGCUAUCAAGUCUUUUCUCUUCUUGUUAAGUGGAAAGCAAAGCCUCUCGUUUCCGACUGGUUGUGGGAAGUUACUGGAACUCCAUGAAUGGCAGACAAACUAGUGAUCUUUAUGGUGUGAAAUUAAUGGUUAGAUAACUCCUGACGAUCCUAAUUAGACAUCAGGAAUCUCUUCCUGUACAGUAAGCCGUUUCUUUGACUUCCCUUAGUUUUAUAUGUUUUA